AAACUUGAGUUCUUGAAUCUGUUCUUAUAAGGUGCACGCUAUCUAUUGUACUAGGUGAUCCCAUUGUAUGUACUCUACUCCUCAAAGAUUGUAAACAAAGAGUUAAAGCUUGACGAGAUAAUUGCUCUCUUUCAGAAUCACGGAUUGUUCAGGAUUAAUAAUGAAGAUCUAUUACAUAACCUUUAUAAUAAUCCUGUAUUGUAAAUUAGCAUUUGAUAUUAGAUAUGUGACUGCACGUAAUAGUGUUAUAAUAGAUACGGAUCCAGGCAGUGAUGAUGCAUUAGCAAUAUUAUUAGCACUUACAUAUGAAAAAUCUAAUUAUGAAGACUUUAAAGUUUUAGCAAUAACAUGUACAUAUGGUAAUACAUAUUUAGAAAAUGUAGAAAAAAAUGUUCUUAAAACCUUAGAAAUAGCUAAUAGAAGUGAUAUACCUGUCUACAGUGGUAGUCAAAAACCACUAAUAUAUAAUUUUACUGCAUCAAAUUAUUUUGGUAAAGAUGGUUUAGGAGAUUUUAAAUUUGACAGAAAUAUUACUGGUAAAAUAAAUAGAACGAAGCAUGCAUCUAUGGCAAUAAUAGAUAUGGUAAAACAAUAUCCAGAUGAAAUUACCAUAAUAUGCUUAGGUCCUUUGACUAAUAUAGCUACAGCUAUUAUUUUAGAACCAAAUUUGCAAAAUUAUGUUAAAAAUAUAUUUAUAAUGGGUGGAAGUGUAGCAGGAAUUGGUAAUUUUAAGCCUAAUGUAGAAUAUAAUUUUGGAAAGGAUCCAGAAAGUAAUUUUAUAUCAUUAAAUUCUACAAUCAAAAUACCAGUCAUACUUAUUCCUUGGGAUAUAUGUUUUCCAUAUAACAUAUCACUGGAAUGGCGUCACAAUGUCUUUGGUAAAUUGAAUUCUACUAUGGUAGAUUUUUUAAAUAAAGCAGAAAGAAUUGCGCUAAAUUCUAUGGUUAAAUGGUGCCCAAUAGAUGCAAUUGCUGUUGCUACUAUGAUAUGGCCUAGUUUUAUAUUAAAAUCAACUCUAAAAAAUAUAUAUCCUAUAAUUGAUGGAGCAGGACGAGGUUCUGUUCUUGUAGAUUAUGAAGAAUCUACCGAUAGAAUAAAGAAUGCUAAAAUAAUUCAGGAAUAUGAUAUGGUAAUGUUCAAAGAUAAAUUACUACAUUAUUUUCAAUGAUUAAUAACAUCAAACAUGACUAAAUACAUAUUAUAAUAGUUCUAAAUUUAUCUACAUGGUAUUUAAAAUAAAUGAAAAUAUAAAAAAACUUACGCUAAA